CCCUCCACAAAACAAACUGAAUCCUCUCAUCUCAUUUUUUUUCCCACUUAUUUCUUUUACCAAUUUCAACAUAAAGGCUAAUGCAGAACAAAAAGUAGCUAAAGUUGCAAAAAAAGAAAAUAAAAUAAUAUUGAAUGUAAUCGAAAAAAUCAACAAAAAUAUGCCAACAACAAGAGCUCGUUUGGGCAGAAGACCAUCCUCUUCUUCCUAUUCAUCAACUAUUACUACCAUAGUGUUUGUGUCAUUAUGUGUGUUGGGAGUAUGGCUUCUAACCUCCACCUCUGUUGUUCCUCCCAAAUCCACCUCUCGAACGGCUACAACCGAUUCUACCCCUUCUUCUUUUACUUCCACAAUUAUGAAUGCACACAAGACCAUUUCUAACGCUGUAAAACCAACUCCUGUUUUCAAAGACUCACAAGGAGACCUUCCUGAUGAUGCCCUUAAAACUGGUGACGCUAACCGGCCUCAGGAUACUAGCGAAAUUGACAAGCUACAGACAGAUGUCUCAUCAGAUAUUACAAAGGAUGGUGGAGGAGAUGCUUUGAAUGUGAAUGUUGAUCAAUCAUUGCAAGGUAAUGAAAAUGUGAAACCAGAGAUGGAGAAGAAAAAUGUGAAUCCAGUUGUGGCAGAGAACGCUCAGGGAUUGCAUGGAACUGAAUCUGUUGACGAGCGAGAGAAGCAGAAACAACUGGAGACGCAAACGUCUGAAGAAAGUUCCAUCACUCACAAGCAAGAAGCUGAGCAAAUAACUGCAGCAACAGGAAAAACAACAACCGGAAAAGAAAAGGCUGAAGAGGACGUCUCUUUAGAUUCAGGAAAUGAUGCCCACGGAGUUGCAACAGACAACACCAAGAACUUGUUGUCAGAUCACGAGCAACAAAUACGACUUGAGCAGCAUCAACAACAAGAAGAUGACCAAAUGCAACAGAAACCGAAACAACCAGAAGAACAUACUCAAGGGGUAACCAGUAAAGAUCAAAUCAAACAUGAUGAAGCACCUUUACUAAAAGAUGUUAAGAUUCAAAAUGAUCACAAGGCUCCCGUAAACUUAACUAAUAACCCACCUGUUCUGAAGAAUGAAAAUAACAAGACCGAAAUGAUUGUACCGAAAGAGUCUAAGGAAUCAAAGAAGGCCUGGUCGACACAAGCUGAUCAGUCAGUGAACCAGAAAGAAAGACGAACAGUUGGUAAAAAUAACCAAGACAGCAGCGUCCCCGAACAGAAUUGGCAGCUAUGCGAGGUGGAAGCCCUUGCAGACUACAUACCAUGUUUAGACAAUGAAGACGCAAUAAAGAAGCUAAAAUCCACAAAACAUUAUGAACAUCGUGAAAGACAUUGUCCUCAGGAACCUCCUACCUGUCUCGUCCCCUUGCCUGAGGGAUACAAGCCAUCAAUUGAGUGGCCUACAAGCAGAGAUAAGAUAUGGUACCAUAAUGUGCCUCAUACAUUGUUAGCAGAGGUGAAGGGGCACCAAAACUGGGUGAAAGUUUCUGGAGAAUUCCUUACUUUCCCAGGUGGAGGUACUCAGUUUAUCCAUGGAGCAUUGCAUUACCUAGAUUUUGUACAAGAGGCAGUUCCAGAUAUAGCAUGGGGAAAGCGCACUAGAACAGUAUUAGAUGUUGGCUGUGGAGUCGCUAGUUUUGGUGGUUAUCUUUUCGAGAGAGAUGUUCUUGCAAUGUCUUUCGCACCUAAAGAUGAACAUGAGGCACAAGUUCAAUUCGCACUGGAAAGGGGAAUACCUGCAAUAUCUGCUGUGAUGGGUACUCAGAGAUUGCCAUUUCCAAGUGGAGUUUUUGACCUUGUGCAUUGUGCACGCUGCAGAGUCCCUUGGCAUGAGGAAGGUGGUGCUCUUCUCCUGGAACUGAAUCGUGUUCUUCGCCCCGGAGGUUACUUUGCCUGGUCUGCAACUCCCGUCUACCAAACUCUGGAAGAAGAUGUCGAGAUAUGGAAGGGUAAGGUUCAUUUGUUUCUAUCCUUUAAUGCCAUUAGAGUAAAAUUGACGCUUUUUUUUUCCUUCCCCUUCUUCGGUUAUCUAUUACCAGAAAUGUCUAACUUGACGGUGGCCAUGUGCUGGGAGCUUAUCACAAUAAAGAAGGAUAAACUAAACUCUGCUGGUGUUGCCAUCUACCACAAAUCAGACACAAAUGAAUGCUACGAUCAAAGAAAACAAAACAAACCUCCAAUGUGUAAACAAGAUGAUGAUCCUAAUGCUGCCUGGUAUGUCCCCUUCAAUUCAUGUAUGCAUAGGGUGCCAAGUAAAGAAACGGAAAGAGGAUAUCGGUGGCCUGUAGAGUGGCCUGAGCGACUGCAGACACCUCCAUACUGGCUAAACCGAUCACAAAUUGGAAUUUAUGGAAAGCCAGCACCAGAUGACUUCAAAGCAGAUUUAGAACAUUGGAAACGUUUGAUAAGUAAGGUGUAUAUGAAAGGACUAGGAAUUAGCUGGUCAAAUGUGAGAAAUGCCAUGGACAUGAGAGCAGUAUAUGGAGGGUUUGCUGCAGCACUUAGAGAUCUCAAACUGUGGGUUGUGAAUGUGGUGAAUGUCAAUGCACCAGAUACACUUCCCAUAAUAUAUGAACGUGGUCUUUUUGGAAUUUAUCAUGAUUGGUGUGAAUCAUUUAGUACAUACCCAAGGACGUACGAUCUUCUACAUGCUGAUCAUCUUUUCUCCCAGUUGAAGAAGAGGUGCAAAAUUGUUGCUGUAAUGGCAGAGGUUGACAGAAUAGUUAGACCUGGAGGUAAAUUGAUUGUCCGCGAUGACUCUGCUACAACUAAGGAAGUAGAAAAUUUACUCAAGUCUCUGCAUUGGGAAAUCCGGAAGACCAUCUUCCAGAACCAAGUUGGAAUACUAAGUGCACAGAAGACUUUCUGGCGGCCAAACGCUACUGCUGCACCUACAUGACUGCACACUCUCACUCAUCUAAAUAUGUAGCAAGCAAUUCUUACUUUGUAGCCUAAAGGUCUUCAUGUACUAAUUCCAGCAGAAAAAGAAGCAGUUGUCGUAGCUCUUGUUAUUUAUUCUUGUUUCUACUUAAUUUAUUUAUUUGAUAGAUAAAGAAGGCAAAGUGCUGCAGGGGCAAAUGCCGUAAAUGUUGUUAUUGAUUAAUUGCAAGGUUAAUGUUUACACUUAGCAUACAAUGACAGAGAUCUGAAGUUCACUAUGUAUCUCCGUCUCUUCAUCAAGCAUGUCCCCCAGUCCUUUCAUUUUUC